GUGGACAGCGCGGGCAGCGUUCACCGCCCUCAGCCCAGUCCCUCCGCCGCCAACCGCCGCGUCCCGGUUUCUGAGCAGGCCGGUCCUCGCCGGGAGCUAGAGCGGGACCCUGGAGCAGCCGCCGCAGGCGCCGACCUCGCCGCAGCCGGGGAAGGCGGGCGUCGUCCCCAACCGCCGCCUGGGCAGCGUCCGCGGCGUGCCCAUGUCGUCGCCGCCGGGGCGCCGCGCCCGUCUGCCGUCUCACGGGAGCGGCCGCUCGUCCGAGGCCCGCGAGGCGCUGCGGCGGCGCCUCCAGGGCCUCAUCGACGGCAACCGAGUGAUGAUCUUCAGCAAAAGCUACUGUCCACACAGCUCGCGGGUCAAAGAACUCUUUUCUUCUUUGGGAGUUGAAUGUAACAUCUUGGAACUUGAUCAAGUUGAUGAUGGCACUAAGGUUCAAGAAAUGCUGUCAGAAAUCACUAAUCAGAAAACUGUGCCCAAUAUUUUUGUGAAUAAAGUGCAUGUGGGUGGAUGUGACCGAACUUUCCAGGCACAUCAGAGUGGUUUGUUGCAGAAGCUCCUUCAGGAAGAUGCAGCACAUGAUUAUGAUCUCAUUGUCAUUGGUGGUGGUUCGGGUGGCCUUGCGUGUGCGAAGGAAGCUGCCAUUUUGGGAAAGAAAGUUAUGGUGCUAGACUUUGUGGUCCCAUCACCUCAAGGCACAUCCUGGGGUCUCGGUGGCACUUGUGUAAAUGUAGGCUGUAUUCCUAAGAAAUUGAUGCAUCAAGCUGCCCUUUUGGGACAGGCAUUACAUGACUCAAGGAAAUUUGGCUGGGAGUAUAAUAAACAAGUGAAGCACAACUGGGAGACAAUGACAGAAGCCAUUCAGAACUACAUCGGCUCUCUAAAUUGGGGCUACAAGUUGUCUUUGAGGGAAAAGGCUGUGGCCUAUGUCAAUUCCUAUGGAAAAUUUGUUGAACAUCAUAAAAUAAAGGCAACUGAUAAAAAAGGACAGGAAAGUUGUUAUACAGCUGCAAAAUUUGUCAUAGCAACAGGUGAAAGGCCACGGUAUUUAGGAAUCCAAGGAGAUAAAGAAUACUGUAUUACCAGUGAUGACCUUUUCUCUCUGCCUUAUUGCCCUGGCAAAACGUUGGUGGUGGGUGCCUCCUACAUUGCCCUGGAAUGUGCAGGGUUUCUGGCUGGCCUUGGCUUGGAUGUCACAGUUAUGGUGCGCUCAAUCCUUCUUCGUGGCUUCGACCAAGAGAUGGCAGAAAAAGUGGGUUCCUACAUGGAGCAACACGGUGUGAAGUUCUUAAGGAAAUUCGUCCCUGUGAUGAUUCAACAGUUGGAGAAAGGCUUACCUGGAAAGCUGAAAGUAUUGGCUAAAUCCACUGAAGGACCAGAGGCUGUUGAAGAAGUAUAUAACACAGUUUUGUUAGCAGUUGGUCGUGACUCCUGUACAAGGAAAAUAGGCUUGGAAAACAUUGGUGUCAAAAUUAAUGAGAAGAAUGGCAAAAUACCUGUAAAUGACACAGAACAGACCAAUGUGCCAUAUGUCUAUGCUAUUGGGGAUGUCUUGGAGGGUAAACCAGAGCUUACUCCCGUCGCCAUACAGGCAGGCAAGCUGCUAGCUCGGAGGCUUUUUGGGACUUCUUUAGAAAAGUGUGAUUAUAUUAAUGUUCCAACUACAGUGUUUACUCCUCUGGAGUAUGGUUGCUGUGGAUUAUCUGAAGAGAAAGCUAUUGAGAUAUAUAAAAAAGAGAAUCUAGAGGUGUAUCAUACUUUGUUCUGGCCUCUUGAAUGGACAAUAGCUGGCAGAGACAACAAUACUUGUUAUGCAAAGAUAAUCUGCAAUAAAUCUGACCAUGAUCGGGUGAUAGGAUUUCAUAUUCUUGGCCCGAAUGCUGGUGAGAUUACCCAAGGAUUUGCAGCUGCCAUGAAAUGUGGGCUCACAAAACAGCUACUCAAUGACACCAUCGGCAUUCACCCCACAUGUGGGGAGGUGUUUACAACUUUGGAGACCACGAAGUCAUCGGGACUGGACAUCACUCAGAAAGGCUGCUGAGGCUAGUCCUGCUGCUGUUCAGUGUUCCUUGUCAUAUUCUCAUUUCUUUCUAAGACAAGAAUGCUCUGGGAUAAAACCAGCCUGUGUUCAUGACACCUGCUCUGUUACUCAGGGACCAGUGCAGGGCUUCCUUCACGGCCCCGAGAUGAGAACAUAGACAAGGAGACAGGGUAGCAGCAGGCAUCUGCUCGUGGCUUGAGAGGCAGUUGGACUGCUUCCUUGACGCCUCGGCUCGGAACCCCACGGUGAGGUGGGCCAAGGCUGACUCUUGCAAGUCAGGAUCGAGCUUCCCUCUCAAUGACUUGAAUGGCACAGUUAACCUAAGCUAACUUUUCUGGUUGCUGGUGUUUUGAUUCCCUUGCCUUAUUGUUUCUAUGAAAAUAAAUUUUUGGUUAUGAAACUGUCCA